AUGGGCAACGUGGCUUCCAAAAGCCUUACUCUCGUUUACUACCGAGGCGCGUGGCAGAUAGCACAGUUAUGCGAUUUCAAUCCCGCUCCGUGUGGCCAAGGCGUUGAGAUCCACCGUUUCCUUACUAUUCCGAAGAACAUCUCCAAGCUCAAAGCCGUGAUCGACGCUGAUCUCCUCUACGAGCCGACGCAGGAUCAGAAAGACCUUUUCGAAGCGGACGCUCGGUCGCUGUCCUUUCUCAAAGAGGUGGAGUAUGUAAAGGAGAGGAACAAAAAUGGCGACGUCACUUUCAGUUUCUACGACAUUACCAACAACUAUAAGGAGAAAGCUUUUCGCGCUGCAUUGAGGCAUGUAUGCCCGACGAUGUUAGGGGAAAUCGGCGCGAUGAUCCUAGAACACGCAGCAGUGUCGACGAAGCCGUUUCCGAUCAUCAAAACGACAAGCUUUGCAAAUGUCAGUUGGGCGUACGUGAUCGAUUUGGAUGAGGACUUACUGGAGGUCUUCGGGUAUAAGGAUCAAGGGUGUAUGGGUGGAGAGUGUCGUGUGAUCGAGAACCAUCGGUUCGAUGAGGUUGACUGGGCGGGCCCGUCUGGCCCUCCGGGCGAUUGUUUGGGCCAGUGGAAGUUCAGCAGGAUUCCGACGCGCCAAGACUUCCUCCUCAAACUGCGCGACUAUCGUUUAUUAGACUGA